AUGGCCCCUGCCGCUGUCCAUAAUGAUACUCCUGCGAGUGCCGUGGGCCUUCAGCAGGCUCCGCGUGGCUUCAACUUGCCAGAGUCCGAAAUCUUGAUCACGGGCUUCGAGACAUAUGAUCUAAGGUUUCCCACUAGUCUGGAUGCGUCGGGUUCAGAUGCCAUGAACCCUGCUGGAGAUUACAGUGCCACUCAUGUACAGUUGAAGACCAACACGGAACUCAUUGGGCACGGCAUUGCUUUCACCAUCGGACGCGGCAAUGAACUUUGCACGGCAGCGGCCAAACUGAUCGCAGAGCGGUUGCUAGGCAAAUCGCUUAAGGAACUGACGGAAAACAUGGGACAGACGUGGAGAUAUCUCGUCGCCGACUCCCAACUGAGGUGGGUGGGCCCCGAAAAGGGCGUCAUUCAUUUGGGCCUGAGCUCCUGCGUGAAUGCCCUCUGGGAUCUUUGGGGGCGUUAUCUCGGCAAGCCUGUCUGGAAGCUGGUAUUUGACAUGACGCCCGAGGAAUUUGUGUCGUGUAUCGACUUUCGCUACAUCACAGAUGCCAUCACACCAGAAGAAGCCAUUUCCCUGUUGCGGGAACAAGAGCCGACCAAGGCUACGAGAUUCAACGACGCCUUGAAGAGUAAGGCCGUCCCGGCAUACACUACGCAAGCGGGGUGGCUUGGAUUUUCAGAUGAGCGAAUGGUUGAGAUCAUCCACGAGAAUCUAUCUGUAGGAAUGGACAAGUUCAAGCUCAAAGUUGGGGGGAACAUUGAUGAAGACAUCCAUAGACUAGAGCUCGCACGCAAGACCAUAGGCUACGACCGAAUGCUCAUGGUUGACGCGAACCAGGUGUGGAAUGUCCCCGAUGCCGUUGAGAACAUGAAGCGGCUUGCUCAGUUCAAACCACUCUUUAUCGAAGAGCCUACCUCUCCAGACGACAUCCUCGGACAUGCAGCGAUCCGCAAGGCGCUCAAACCUUAUGAGAUUGGCGUCGCCACUGGUGAACAUUGCCAGAACCGAGUCAUGUUCAAGCAGCUCUUGCAAGCAGGGUCGAUCGAUUACUGCCAAAUCGAUGCCUGUCGGCUAGGUGGCGUCAACGAAGUGAUGGCAGUCAUGUUGAUGGCUAAAAAGUUCAACACCCCAAUCGUCCCGCAUAGUGGAGGCAUCGGCCUCAACGAAUACACCCAACAUCUCGCUUUGAUAAAUUACCUGUGCGUGUCGGGCGAAAAAAGCUUGCUCGAGCACAUCAAUUCGUUUAGAGAGGUCUUGAUACACCCCGUCGAGACGGCAGAUGGGUACUUUGUCACUCCCUGGGAGUCGGGAUAUAGCGUAGAGUACAAGAAAGAGGCUUUGACUAAGUAUAUCUUUCCAUCGGGCGACUUCUGGGUAAGCGAGCAGGGCAUGGCUAUUCGAAAUGGAAUUAAGGCUUGA